UGUUCCAACAGAGCUGUGAACGAUGUUGCGACUCAAACCUCAUCAGCAACGUUCAUAGUCAGAGUGAGCGACGUGAACGACGAGACUCCGGUCAUUGCGGUGACCAAUGGCAACAUCAACUUGCAGGAGGAACAGCCGGUGGGCACGGGGGUACCUUUCGGGAUUAGUGCCACCGAUGCUGACAGCGGUGACAAACUGACGUUUUCUCUCUCAGGGUCGCAGGCGUCGUAUUUCAGCAUCGACAGCUCCACUGGUGACGUCAUAGUGACGCAACAGCUGGACCGGGACGCUGCCAGUGCCAUAACGGUGUUUGAUCAGCUGACUGUGACGGUGACUGACGCUGCAGGUCACAGGGCCACCCACGCUCUGCAGCUGACCUUGACCGACAUCAACGACAACUCCCCCGCCUGCAGUCCUUCCGUCAUCGCGGUCAGCGUAAGCGAGAAUACAGCAGCUGGGACGACGGUCGCCUCACUCACGUGUUCCGACAUCGACUCGUCUUCCAAUGGCGCCAUCAGCACCUACACCAUCUUCAGCGGCGAUGACACAUCGACAAAGUUUAGCAUGAGCGGGUCGUCGGUGAAGACGACGUCAACGGCUCUGGAUUACGAGACAAAGACAUCGUACACCCUUGUCAUCCACAUCCCUGACUCCGGCACCCCGCCCAAGACUGGCACUGCCACAGUCGUGGUGACGGUGACUGGUGUCAACGAGGCGGCACCUGUGUGGGGGGUCUUCACACCGGCCGGCCCCACCUAUCACCUGGCGGAGUCUGUCGGCGUCGCCACGUCUGUCCUCACCGUCACCGCCACCGACGCCGACAGCGGAGUUGAGGGUCAGAUAGACUACCUGCUGGUGUCCACCACCUCGAACUCCGCGUCCUCCGCGUCCGGCAUCUUCUCCCUCAGUGCGGCCAGCGGUCAGCUCAGCAUCCUGACCCCCCUUGACCGCGACGCCGGGGUCAGCAGCUACACCGUGGUGCUGACGGCGAAGGACAGAGGAAGCACGUCAAAGUCAGUGACAACAACGCUGACCAUCGACAUCGACGACGUGAACGACAACGCUCCUGCAUUUGCCUCACCCUCCUAUUCGGUGUCUUUGUCCGAGACGACCGCAGCCUCCGUGGGCGCCAGCGUGUUACAGCUGACAGCAACUGAUGUGGAUCCCACGACCGGCGCCCUGACCUACCGCGUUGCUAGCGGGGACACCCUGGGCAAGUUCCGCUUCAGUGCCUCUACCCCGGGUCUGUUGGAGCUCAACGCCAACAUCGAGGUGGACAAACCCACUGCCAACAGCCACAUCUACAUUUUGGUUGUCAAGGCCAGUGACCAGGGCGUCCCGUCCACUCCGGCCUUGACCGGCACCACCACAGUCACCGUCACCAUCUCACCCGACAACGACAACUCACCCACCUUCGCAACAAGCUCACCCGUUUCUGUGACUGUGGCGGAGGACGCGGCGCUGGGCUCUACGGUGGUCACGGUUCUGGCUUCGGACAACGACGUGGACUCCGGCGUGCAGCAGACCGUGACUCUGGCCAUUGUCUCGGGGAACGCCAACAGCGCCUUCAGCAUCGACCCCGUGACGGGGGUGGUUGUCACCGUCAAACCGCUCGACUACGAGACAACAACCUCCUACACGCUCGUCAUCACUGCCACGGACAACGGUACACCUACAGCACGAACCAGCACCACCACCGUCAUCAUCGCCGUCACAAACGUCAACGAGAAGGCGCCGGCCUGCUCCUCGUACCUCAUCACAGCUCCCGUCGAUGAAAACGUCGUCACGCAGGUGGCAGCACUGAGCUGCAGCGACACAGACGCCGGGGACACGGUGACGUACUCUCUGGUGCCAGCCCACGCGUCCUUCUCUGUGAACAGUGGAACUGGUGCUGUCUCCACCAUCGUUGGUCUGGAUUAUGAAUCUGACGUCACACACACUGACGUGCACGUGACGGACUCGCUGACCCCCGUGCACACCACCACCGUCACGGUCAGCGUGCUGGUGAGGCCGGUCAACGAGUUCUCCCCCGUCUUCUCGCCCUCCACCUACACCUCCGCGCUGUCCGAGGACGUGGCGAGCGGCACAAGCGUGACGACAGUGACUGCCACAGAUGCUGACCAGGGGUCACUGGACGGUACAGUCCGUUACAGCCUCGUGUCCGGCAAUGGGGCUGGCAGAUUCACCAUCGACUCCUCCACCGGCCAGAUAUUAACUUCCGCCGUGGGACUUGACAGGGAGACAACUGCAAUGCACACGCUCACCGUGAGAGCCAGUGAUGACGUGCCAGGGGCGGCCACCCAGCGCAGUGCUGACGUCACGGUUGUCGUCACCGUCACGGAUGUCAACGACAACCCGCCGAUGUGCACGCCAGGCAGUUACCAGGCCAGUGUCGCGGAGCCGUCUGUUGUGGGAGCGACCGUGACGACCUUGACAUCCACAGACGAUGACGAGGCAGGCACCAUCAACACCACACCCACCUACACCAUCCGGGCUGGUGACUCGGGGGGAGUCUUUACUGUCAACGGCAAUCAAGUACAGCUUGCUAAGGUCGUUGACUACGAGACCCAGACGUCCUACCGUCUGACCAUCCAGGUGACGGAUGGAGGGUCCCCAACCCUCUCCUCCACCUGUGUUUUGGAUGUCAGAAUUAUCUCGGUUGACGAGUUCGCUCCGGUGAUGUCCGUGCCUAACUUCAGCACCAACCUGCUGGAGACGACAGCGGUGGGCACUGUCGUCUACCACACCAACGCCACCGACAGCGACGUCGGCAAGGGCUCCGCCGUCACCUACAGCAUCCCCGCCGGCAAUACCAACGACGACUUCUUCUGCUACUCCACCACUGGCGACAUUAUUGUCUGGAACUCUCUCGACUACGACACCCCGCCACAAACCUACAACCUGACAGUGACGGCCACAGAUGACGGAGGGCUGACAGGUUCCAUGUGGCUGCACAUCGCACUGGUUGAUGUCAAUGACCAGACGCCGGUCUUCACCCAAAACGUCUACGCUGUUGCCAUCAACGAGAAUGUCGUCGUCGGCACCUCAGUGGCAAAGGUCACGGCCGUGGACUCUGACACGGGAGCUGGAGGUCAGGUCAACUACACCGCCGUCUCAGGUAACGGUCUGCCGCUGUUCCAAGUCAACCCCGGAACUGGUGACGUCACGACCAGUGGUAGAGUGAACCGCGAGGUCCGAGGGCGUUACACGCUGGUGGUGCGGGCUACUGAUGGCGGCGUCCCCGCUUUGUCAUCGUCUUGUCUCGUAGACAUUACCGUCAACGACCUCAACGACAACGCCCCGAUCUUCUCACCUGCUGACUUCGUCGUUAACCUCAGCGAGGGCGCCACUGUCGGGACCUCAGUGACGUCAGUAGCGGCCACAGACGCCGAUGCCAGCGCCAGCAACAACGUCUUCUCCUACGUCCUCACCGACAACGUCUUCCAAGUGAACGUCACCACUGGAGUCGUCAGCACCAAAGGAACCCUGGAUCGCGAGACGACGUCACAGUACGUGCUGUACGUCUUGGCCGUGGACUCCGGUGCGCCGGCCCUAACAGGCACAGCGACGGUGACGGUGCUGCUGGAUGACGUCAACGACAACAUCCCCACCAUCAAUGGCACCUACGACUUGAGGUUUAGGGAGGACACGGGACAAAGACUGUCGUCACCACAGUGCAGGCGUUCAGAUUCCGACAGCGGCGACAACGCCCGCUUGACCUACACCAUAGUCAGCGGCAACACUGACAGCGAUUUCUUUCUGGACUCGUCCAGUGGCGUUAUACAGGUGCAAAAGCAGCUGGACCGCGAGAGGACAAGUAGAUACUUCCUCGUCCUCGCAGUCGCUGAUAACGGGUCGCCAGCACUUACAGCAACAACGACCAUCACCUUCAGCGUCUCCGACGUCAACGACAACAGCCCCGUGUGGUCCAGUACCGCCUACACCUUCUCCGUCACCGAGAACCAGCCAGCGGGCUCGCCAGUGGGGCAGGUGACGGCGACAGAUGCUGAUAUCGGUGUCAACGCCGCACUGACCUACACACUGACCCUCUUCUGGACCGGCUCUUCCGCCAACUUUGCCCUCGACCCCGCGACAGGAAGGAUAACUACGGCCUUGCCCCUGGAUCGCGAGGCCACAGCGCAGUACUCGGCCCUGAUGAGGGUGGUGGACGGAGGCAGCCCGCAGCUAAAUGCCCUCGCCAACGUCACCAUCUCCAUCGGGGACCUGAACGACAACGUCCCUACCUUCGACUCUGUGUCCUACGCGGCCACAACAACUGAGAAUGACCCCGUCGGCACAGGCAUCCUGACCCUCGUCGUCACCGAUAAGGACAUCGGCAGCAAUGCCAACAUCUCGCUGUUCAUCGACACCUCCACGACAGCUGGAGCCAGAGCGGCGCAGUUCCUACAGGUGACGUCAGGGACAGGUGUCGUUUCCGUCAAAAGUACAAUAAACCGAGAGACGAAUUCGUCCUUCACCUUCACAGUGGUCGCUACUGACGCAGGCUCCCCGGCCUUGACGUCAUCAGCCAACGUCACUAUAACCGUCACGGACCAGAACGACAACGUCCCGGUGUUUACCCAAACUUACUAUAAUACUGAGAUCGCCUACACUGGCCAGUGUAACCGCAGCAUUGUGGCUGUCAGUGCCAAGGACGCUGACAGUGGGGCUAACGGACAGGUGGCCUACUACCUGGUGCAGAGUUCCUAUGACUACGUCUUCCAGGUCGACUCAGCCACAGGUCUCUUGUCGCAACGCACCACAGCAGGAGCAGGCGGUAUGUACACCAUGCAGGUGACGGCACGUGACGGAGGGUCACCCACACGCAGCGCUACAACCCCCGCCUCCAUCAGGAUCGACGCCAUGGUCCCCAAUAAUGUCGUCAUCACCUUUAACUUGGGCAUCACCGCCACGGCCUUCCAGGGUUCACAGGACGAGUUCGUGGCGCAGUGCCAGGCGCUGGUGAGACAGACCUACCCGACUGCCGUGGCGCGACUGUGGUGCUCGGAGACAGGAAGUAACAGUCUCGCCAAAGUUCAUGUUUAUUUUCUGAGAGACAACACCACGGACAGCGUUGCCAACGUCAACGCCGCCAAGUACUACGUGGACUCGUCGACAGCCUUGAGUUUCUUCACCUCUGACCCCAACGGUUCUCCAUCUUCUGCCCUUUCAGGGACGCAGUGGGCGCCGUACAACGUGAAGACAGUUCAGCUGUACUACGAGUCCCAGACACCAUGGCAACAGAGUGGGGAGGGCAUUGCUGUCGUCACCACUUGCUGCGUGUUGGGAGCCGUCCUGCUGGGCGUGUCUGCUUACAUGGGCGUCACGUACUGCCGUCAGUCCGUCACGUCGAGACCGAGAGCACGAAAGAUUUCCGUUGAAGAGCGACGGCCGCCGCCACGAAGACAGGGGCGACCCAGACCCUCCCUUCCUCCUUCCCACCUGUGGUCUGCGGCUAACGGGCGUCCGCCUCGUCCCAUCGUGGAUGGCGACAACAGCUUCUUUUGGGACAAAUCGUCUGUAAGCUAGUGACAGCGCUGCGUCAUGUCACUAAAGGUCAUUGACCCCUCGCUGCCAGGACAACCUCCUAACCUCCAGCAGGUGCUCGUGGCUCGAUAUUCGCCAUCUCUUGUGGCUGCUGUACAGGGAACUUUGUAUUCACGUGGAUACAUCUGUGUAUAUAUAUCAGCACACACACACCUGCUUGCUUUCUCAAUUAUGUAAUAACUCAGGGUUCAAACAGACAUUGAUCAUGAAGAGAUUGUGUCGGUGAGGAGCAUGACGACACAAUCAGUGAAGUUUAUUUAUAUAAGUUGUUUUUAUAUAUCUCAAUGAAUGUCGUCAUUGAGACAAUAUGUGGGUGCAUCGUGUGACAUCUGGUGAUAGCCACCUACCCGUGUACAUGUUGAUUGUGUGAGUGUCGCUGGAUUCUCAGCAUCCUGGCACCUGUGCUCCACUCACAGCACAGAACUCAUCUCCAUGAAUGUUGAGUGUUUGCUACAGACUUAUUAUCUCGGCAUAAUAUGUAAAGACUAAGUGUACUCUGUAAUGUUGUGUCAUCUCCAUAUGACACUGGCAUGUUCACGGCCCGAGUAAAACCUGAAAUAUU